AUGGACUUGGGGGUUAGGGACUGGUGUGAAAAGGAAACGGAGUUUUCUCUACUCUUUGGCGGACCCAAAAUGACUAAAGCUAUUAAAGAAGGUAGUGCUCGCCAUCUCGAACUUGAAAAAGAGCUUAUUAUAAAUGAAAAAGUGCCAGUUAAAUCAGAUGAAGAAGUCUGGGCACUGAAUUUUUUGAAUUUUAUAGUCGGUGCAAAUCAACUGAUGUCUAAGGGACGGACACGCGAGUUAAAAGUGGUAGGCUUUGUGGAAGGCAUAUGGAUGACAGGAAAAAUCGAUGAAAUUCGAGUACUUCUAACGGGUUCUGAAAGAUACGCAACAUUGGUUGAGACGAAAACUCGUGAGCAACGAAAACUUCCGGGGGAACCUCAACGAAGGAAUGGAAGGCUUCAGAUGAUGUGCUACAAGUAUCUGUGGGACAGUUUAGUUGAUGAUAAAUUCCCCGUAGAAUUUUUUUUUGAUUUCUUUUCACUGAAGCCUAAUUACAUGUUGUCCUCAGAAAUUAUAGAAAAUAUGGCAAAAUCUGGUAUUGCUUCAGAGACUCUAAACGAUCUGGUGUGUUAUUUUCGGAGUCGUUGUUGCAAGCUACCUCGAGCUAAUAAUUCACUAAUUUUGAGAUAGGAAUGGCAAGAAGAUAAAUCCUUGCUUGGUGAGUAUGAGUUUGCUUAUGAUUCUGAAUGGGUUAUGGGUCAAAUCAAGUCUUCUCUCGAGUUUUGGCUAGGCAAAAGAGAGCCCAGUUAUGCUCCGAUGGAGGAGCGUUGGAAAUGCGAGUCUUGCAAAUAUAAUACAAUAUGUACAGUGAACUCCAAGCGUGACCAAGCUAAAGACAAAAACACUCAGUAAUUUUUUUCCUUAAGUUUCUAUGUAAAAAGUCAUCUUGUAACGGAAGAUUUCCCACUACUACCUUCAGUAGGAGUCUCGAUUGUCUCGGUCCUAGCGUGACUGAUCCUCUCCGAUUAUAAAACGUGACAGCAUAUCAAUGGCCUUUUUUAUAGGUUAAGAGUAUUGUCCAAUGAGCAAUGAUGAAGCUAUGUAUUUAAGUUC